AUGAAUGGGAAGAGUAUGUAUGGACAUUCAACAACAAGGAUUAGAUACAUACUUGGUUGUUUAAAAUGUUCUUCUAUGCUUAAUGGAUUCCUAAUGCUUAAUUUAGGGAAAUUGAAUUGGAUCAAUCUAUCAUCAAUCCUCAUGGGAUCGACCUUGCACUUACAUAUGCUAUACUACCAAACGGCUCGUGCAUUUCAAGCAACUGGGAAGCGCCUUAGAGAUGACGACGAGGGGCGAGUUGUCGACAUCUUGGGGAAGAGGAAAGCGCUGGAGGAAGCUCGCCAGAGUGUGAUGGGGAUGGGGCCGAGGCUUCCUCCUUUUGAUCUACAAGGACCGCCAAAGCUCCCCUUCGGUAUUGAGGAUGUUUUUGCUGAGGGGGUGGAGAAGGUGGACUUCUCCAAGCUACGUCGUCAGAAGAAGGAGGUGAACCUGGCCAUGCAUUGGCAGGAGGCUCUGGCCUUUGGCGAGAUGCAUGUCAACAUGGUUAAGGUAGAUAAGGAGAUUUAG